CGCGCCGGGUGCAGGAUGGCGGCAGCGGCAGCUGCGGUGGGUGUCAGACUCCGGGACUGCUGCAGCCGGGGCGCUGUGCUCCUGCUCUUCUUCUCCCUAUCCCCUCGUCCCCCCGCUGCCGCUGCCUGGCUGCUGGGCCUUAGGCCCGAGGACACCGCUGGAGGCCGCGUGUCCCUGGAGGGGGGCACCCUACGCGCGGCAGAAGGCACCAGUUUCCUCCUGCGCGUCUAUUUCCAACCCGGGCCCUCGGCGCCCGUGGCGCGGGUGCCCGCACCCACCCUUUCCCCGGGGGAGAAUGACACCGGAGACUGGGCUCCGCGGCUUGUGUUUAUCGAGGAGCCCCCGGGCGGGAGCGGCUUGGCGCCCAGCGCUGUGCCCACGCGUCCGCCGGGGCCUCAGCGUUGCCGCGAGCAGAGCGACUGGGCGUCGGACGUGGAGGUCCUGGGGCCCCUGCGCCCCGGAGGCGUGGCCGGCUCGGCUCUGGUCCAGGUGCGGGUGCGGGAGCUGCGCAAGGGCGAGGCAGAGCGGGGCGGUGCGGGUGGUGGCGGGAAGCUCUUCUCGCUGUGCGCCUGGGACGGACGCUCCUGGCACCACCACGGCGCCGCGGGCGGCUUCCUGCUGCGCGUCCGCCCGCGGAUGUACGGCCUGGGCGCCGGCCUGCUGCCCCCCGCGUGGCUGCGGGCGCUCGGGGCACUCCUGCUGCUCGCCUUGUCUGCCCUGUUCAGCGGCUUGCGCCUGAGCCUGCUCUCGCUGGACCCCGUGGAGUUACGGGUGCUGCGGAACAGCGGUUCGGCCGCCGAGCAGGAGCAGGCACGCCGCGUGCAGGCGGUGCGCGGCAGGGGAACCCAUCUGCUCUGCACGCUGCUCCUGGGCCAAGCCGGAGCCAACGCGGCCCUGGCCGGCUGGUUGUAUACCUCGCUGCCGCCGGGCGUCGGGGAUCAAGGGGAAGACUACGGCGAGGCGGGGAUUCAUUUCCCGUGGCUGCCGGCGCUCGUGUGUACCGGUGCCGUGUUCCUGGGCGCGGAGAUCUGCCCCUAUUCGGUAUGUUCGCGGCACGGGCUGGCCAUCGCCUCACACAGCGUGUGCCUGACCCGACUCCUGAUGGCGGCCGCUUUCCCCGUAUGUUACCCGUUGGGCCGCUUGCUAGACUGGGCCCUGCGCCAGGAGAUCAGUACUUUCUACACAAGGGAAAAGCUGCUGGAAACUCUGCGGGCCGCGGACCCCUACAACGACCUGGUGAAGGAGGAGCUCAAUAUCAUCCAGGGCGCCCUGGAGCUUCGCACCAAAGUGGUGGAGGAGGUGCUAACCCCCCUCGGAGAUUGCUUCAUGCUACGCUCGGAUGCCGUGCUGGACUUCGCCACUGUCUCUGAGAUCCUGCGCAGUGGCUACACUCGUAUCCCCGUGUACGAAGGCGACCAGCGGCACAACAUUGUGGACAUUCUGUUUGUCAAGGACUUGGCCUUCGUGGACCCUGACGACUGCACUCCACUCCUCACCGUCACCCGCUUCUACAACCGGCCCCUGCACUGCGUCUUCAACGACACUCGGCUGGACACCGUGCUGGAGGAGUUUAAGAAGGGAAAAUCUCACUUGGCCAUUGUCCAGCGGGUGAAUAAUGAGGGAGAAGGGGACCCCUUCUACGAGGUGAUGGGCAUUGUUACACUGGAGGACAUCAUAGAGGAGAUCAUCAAGUCAGAGAUCCUGGAUGAAACUGACCUCUAUACCGACAAUCGGAAAAAGCAGAGGGUGCCACACCGGGAGAGGAAACGGCAUGACUUCUCCUUGUUUAAGCUUUCCGACUCAGAGAUGAGGGUGAAGAUCUCCCCACAGCUUCUGCUGGCCACGCACCGCUUCAUGGCCACAGAAGUGGAGCCCUUUAAGUCUCUGUACCUUUCGGAGAAAAUCCUGCUCCGGCUCCUGAAACACCCCAACGUGAUCCAGGAGCUGAAGUUUGAUGAGAAGAACAAGAAAGCUCCAGAACACUACCUCUACCAGCGCAACCGCCCCGUGGACUAUUUCGUGCUGCUUCUCCAGGGAAAAGUAGAGGUGGAGGUUGGUAAGGAAGGUCUGCGCUUCGAGAAUGGAGCCUUCACCUACUAUGGUGUCCCAGCCAUCAUGACCACUUCUUGUUCAGAUAAUGAUGUGCGGAAGGUGGGGAGUCUGGCUGGAUCGUCUGUCUUUCUGCCCGUCUCUGUGUCUCAUACCUUCGCCUUCAGCAGAGGGGACUCUCUGGCAGGCUCCCCAGUGAACCGCUCCCCUUCUCGCUGCAGCGGGUUGAACCGCUCUGAGUCUCCCAACCGAGAGCGCAGCGACUUCGGAGGGAGCAACACUCAGCUGUGCAGUAGCAACAACAACCUCUACACUCCUGACUACUCAGUUCACAUCCUUAGCGACGUGCAGUUUGUGAAGAUCACACGGCAGCAGUACCAGAAUGCACUCACCGCCUGCCACAUGGACAGCUCACCCCAGUCCCCCGACAUGGAGGCCUUCGCUGAUGGAGACUCCACCAAGGCCCCCACGAUCCGGGGCACACCCCAAACCCCCAAGGAUGACCCUGCUGUCACCCUCCUGAACAACAGGAACAGCCUGCCGUGCAGCCACUCAGAUGGGCUGAGAAGCCCCGGCGAGGUCGUGUACCUGAGGAUGGAGGAGAUGACCUUCACCCAGGAGGAUGUGACAGACUUCGAGGACCACAGCACGCAGCAGCUCUCUCUGUCUCCUGCAGCAGUUCCCGCAAGAGCAGCAUCAGAUAGUGAAUGUUGCAAUAUCAUCCUGGAUACAGAGACCAGCCCCUGCAGUAGCGAUUUUGAGGAAACCGUGGGCAAGAAGCUACUGAGAACCUUAAGUGGUCGAAAAGGGAAGAGGUCACCCGAUGGAGAGAGAGACUCUGAGGAGAACUCCAAUUUAACACCUCUGAUCACAUGACAGGGGCAGACAUGGUUUGCUGAGUGCGUGAGAUUCCAGAGCUUUGGGGGAGAACCCACCCUCCCAUCAUCUGCUUCUCCCAAGGCCUCCCACAGGUGACAGAGCGCACUGCUUCCCUUACCACCUCUUCACCCCUUCCCGUCAGUUUGGCAGAUUUUCCCUCGUUGCCUCCAGUUUGACUCAGAGCCUUGCUGUGGCCACAGUGGAAGGAGGUGACUCCAGUGCAACAUGCUAGAAAUGGUCUUGUCCACAGCACAGUCUGGGACUGGAAAAGACAUGACCCCAAGCUGACAUUGCCACUCGGGGACCCUUGAUGCCCCUUUUGUUCUUUGAGAUCCCCUGAUGUCAUAUUUCAUGCUUAGCUUAGCUCAGAAGUGCCACUGACAAGAUAGGCACGGAGGAGGCCGGAGUAGCAGGUAUGCAAGUUAGUUCAGGAGAACUAAUGCACCAAGAAUUCCUCCAGAACUUGGAGGCAGUGGGAUCAGCCAUGUUGGCAUGUAAGGCCACAGUACAGAAAACUGUUGGUGGCCGGUUCCCUGUCAGAUAGGGUUCCAGCAGCCCUGAGAAGUAUGUCUUGGCUGGAAUGGAAAGAACGUGAAGUGGAACCUCAAGUCACUAAUUUUCCCAGGGACACAUCUGCUUUGGCUUCCCCUCGCCAGUUACCAAUCCAUCAGUAAAUCGGCUCUGGGAGAGGAACAGGGAGCAGAGACACCCAUUUGGGAGCCAGAGAUGGAACUUUGGGUUUUAAGUUCAAAUAGAAGUAGAAUAUAUAUGGAAAAAUUCUAAGCUAUUGAAGCAAGUUCAGCCAUGACAAACCAAAGAGUGCCCAGGUCAGCCAAGAAGGACGCAAGCUCUCAUGGGACUUCAGUGUGCAUUACACAGGAACAGCGAAGAGUCUCUCCUCUUUCUCAUCCGUUCCCCCCACCCCUACCCCUUACUACACCCCAGUAGGUCAGCCAUGUGUACUUUAAUCCAAGAACAUGUUAGGUCUCUGGUUUUCCUCCUGGAUGUGGGGACAGAUGCAGUUCCAAACAUAACCAUCAGAUGGCAGGAUGACCGCACAUACCUACUUGAGUAGAAAAUGUUCCACUCUGGACUCAAAGCCAGCCUUAGGGAAAAGGUGGACGUGAAGGUUGUCUUUGGGACAUCUGUGUCCCUUUCUGAUCUAGCUCCCUGAUCCAGUGCUGCCUGUUGAAUCUCCAGAACAUUCCCUAAUGUUCUUUUCUUUGGGGUAGACCACCAGGCUUACCUCCCCUUCCUCCACAAUCAGGACAUUCCCAUGUCCUCACCCAUUCCAUCAAUAAUCACAUGGGCUGAGUAAUCAUAUAAUAAUUCCUCUGGGUUACUUGCAGCUCAAAAGAAAAUGCUUACCCACAGGAACCUUUAACUCAGGAGUUCUUAACUUGGGGUCCAUCACCCCAAGGGGUCCAUUGUUGGACUUCAGAGGGUCCAUGAAACUUGUAACACUAGGAAUUUAGUGUAUGUGUUCUUAUGCGUGUUUUCAGGAGGGCUAAAGCUUUCAUAAGUUUCUCCAAGGCCUCAGGCCCACAAAGGGUUAAAAACCACUAUUUUAACUGAAAGUGGAACUUUCAGCCCAAGGUUUCUGCAAUGCAGAGUGAAGUGAACAGUGGCAGUUUGAGACAGAUUUUUAGUCGUAAGUGGUCUUCGCAAGUGUCCUUGAAAUCAAUGGGGAAAGCUGGCACCCACCAAGGAGUGGUCCUCAGAAAUUCUUGGCACACCCUAGGCUGUGCACACCCUAGGCUGUGCACAACCUACACCCCACAUAACUUCAUCCCCCUCUUCCCCGCCAAACCGGAGCAGCUCUUGAAGCCAGGAGCUUGUGGAAGUAGACUCUCCAGCUGGGGAUGCCUUCUCCAGCAGUGUAUUAUUGACUUCACAUCCCUUGCCUGGCCCUACCUGAGGCUCAGCAGUGCAUGACUUCUCGUGGACAGUUCCACAGCUACCACCCACCUCCAACACCUAGUCUCACCUGGUAGGAAUAGGCAGUGUCAAGCCCCCUUCCCCCACCCACGUGCUGACUGCCUUGGGCCCAAACCAGCAAACUGUAAAUUUCAAGCAAGAAAUGUCAUCAUGCAUUCUUCUUGCCCAGCUGGCCACGGGCCCAAGGGGGCCUGUCUGGCUAGUCUUCCCUACAUUACCACUCAGGCCACCACUAUCGCAUUACAUCCAGCCCUUUGCAAAAUCCCUACGGAGCCUGUCACCACUCCCUUCCCUAUUCCCCAACUGCACCACCCCAAAUUUUCUUCAGGUUAAAAAAGUUUAAAAAAAAGAGGAUUGUAAUUUUAAAAUAAAGCAUCU